AUAUGGCUGUUCAGUUAAUUAAUGGGUUGAUUUACGGCCCAAUGUAUAUUUUUAGUAAGUCCAAUUAAAUCAUUUUGAAACUCUCUCUUUCUACUCCCAUAGUCGUCAAAAUACUACUUCCUCGAUAUCCGCCGACGACAAUGGCGAUUGCCGCCGCCAUAACGCCGCCGCUGACCGCCGCCAAACACCGCUCUCUUUCAUCAGCAUCUUCAUCUCUUUGGCUCUCCUCUCCACCAAUUCAGCUGCGCAAUUAUCUCCCGUCCCUCUCCAUCUCAGCUGUCCGCAAAUCUAAUCUCCUUGUCUUCUCUUCCAUGAGUAUUCAGGCUCCGGAGAAGGCCUCCGCGACGUCGUUUCUCGACCACAAGGAGAGCGGAAUUCUUUAUUUCGUCAAGUACCACGGACUCGGCAAUGACUUCAUAUUGGUUGAUAACCGAGAUUCCGAGGAACCCAAAAUCACACCCGAGCAAGCUGUGAAAUUGUGUGAUAGAAACUUUGGCAUUGGCGCUGAUGGAGUGAUAUUUGCGUUGCCAGGCAUUAAUGGCGCAGAUUAUACUAUGAGGAUCUUUAAUUCUGAUGGCAGUGAGCCUGAGAUGUGUGGUAAUGGAGUCCGAUGCUUUGCCAGAUUCAUAGCUGAGCUUGAAAAUCUUCACGGGAAUCAAAGCUUCAAUGUGCAUACUGGUGCCGGUCUCAUUGUACCUGAGAUACAGGAAGAUGGAAAGGUUAGAGUUGAUAUGGGUCAGCCAAUUCUGAAUGCUUCGGAUGUUCCUACAAAGUUAACUGCAAACAAAGAUCAGGCUGCUGUUAAGGCAAAGUUGGAUGUAGAUGGGUUGAUCUGGAAUGUUACUUGUGUUAGCAUGGGAAAUCCACACUGUGUCACUUUUGGUACAGAAUCAUGCAACGAUUUGCAAGUAGAUGAACUAAACUUAGCUGAAAUCGGUCCAAAAUUUGAACAUCAUGUGAUGUUCCCUGCCCGAACAAACACAGAGUUUGUCCAAGUCUUCUCUCCAAGUCACCUUAAAAUGCGUGUCUGGGAACGUGGGGCAGGUGCAACGCUAGCCUGUGGAACAGGAGCUUGUGCAGUCGUUGUUGCUGCAGUUCUGGAGGGUCGUGCAGAUAGGGUAAGUCUAAAACUCUUAUUCACCAGGUUACAUUACAUAAGAUCUGAACAUCAAACCUCAAAUCUUCUCCCUCCUCUGACCACUGAUGCUCUGCUUCUACUUCCUCUCGGCACCUCUUGCCUUCUCAUACCAUCUUUCUUCCACGCAGAUAUGCACUGUCGAUUUGCCUGGAGGGCCACUGGACAUCGAGUGGAGGGAGAGCGACAAUCACAUCUACAUGACGGGACCUGCAGAAUUAGUAUUUUAUGGAUCUGUUCCUCUUUGAUGGUUUGGUUUCCAUUAGCUUUCGACUUACAAUAUGCUCCACACUUUGAGAAUGAAUGAUAUGUGCCAACUUUAUGAUAAUUCUACACAUUUGUUGUCCUUCAUUUGUGGAUGAUAAGUUUCAAGAUUGUGAGUUAGAGCCCUCUGUAUCAUUUGAAACCUUUGUUUCUUAAAUUUGUUUUGCAAUGGAAAAGACCAUAAGCUACGACUGUAGUUGCAUUA